GUUCGAUACGAUGCCUUCACUUCUCUCCUCUUCUUCUUCUUCUUCUUCUUCUUCCACUUCGAUUCUAUUCCUCUUCAUCGCACGCGACAUCGUCUCCACCCCCUAAAUCUCUCAUCCUCCUCUCUCGCCGUUCUCUUCUUCGUGGAUCGGAAUCGAGGUAACUAUUUUGAUGGCUGCUCUACCUCUCGCGACGGCCGAAGCAUGUGAUGCAAACCCACACCUAAUACUAACCGGCGAGGUCCGUGCCCUCCAGCCGAUCUUCCAAAUAUAUGGUCGGCGGCAAGUUUUUGCGGGCCCCAUUGUGACCCUAAAGGUCUUUGAGGACAACGUCCUUAUUCGCGAAUUCCUUGAAGAAAAAGGCCACGGCCGUGUUCUAGUCGUCGACGGGGGCGGGAGCAUGCGGUGUGCCAUACUGGGCGGCAACCCGGUUCAACAGGCGCAGAAUAAUGGGUGGGCCGGCAUCGUGGUGAACGGCUGCAUCAGGGACGUCGACGAGAUCAACGGCUGUGAUAUCGGGGUGAGAGCUUUGGGUUCGCAUCCUAUGAAGGCUAACAAGAAGGGGAUUGGCGAGAAGCAUGUCCCUGUGAGCAUUGCAGGUACAAGGAUUUGUGAUGGUGAGUGGCUUUAUGCCGAUACUGACGGGAUUCUGAUCUCGAGGACGGAGUUAACUAUUUAGGGCCUCUUUUCGUGUUUGUACCGAUGCUAUCAUUGCAUACAGAAAAUGUAUGCAAACUUUUAUGUUGUAUUAUUGUACUUGUUCUGUAAGUUCUGGACCUUUUUUACAAAUAAACUUCAAAAUUAGCAUCUUCUUCCUGUGGGAUUAUAUCUGAAAGAUGCUCUA